ACAUGGAUAGAAAAGUUGUGAAAAUAGCAGAGCUCUCAUCAUCUCUCUCGAACCCUUCAAGCACGCAACAUUUGUUUGGUGUGGCUUAUAAUUGGCAUUUUUGUAUUGCAGCUGUGCAGCUUUUUAAAUUAAUUGGUAUUCCACAAUAUUUAUUUUUCUUUGAUCCCUUGAGGAAGUCUGGCUUCUUUUCUCUGUAACCAUUUUACGAACUUUCCAUUACGCUGAGAGGCAGAGGACGCUUUGUUGCUCGGGAAUCAAGAUAAUUGCAACAGAACUAUUCAAUUUAAUUCCAUUAUCUUUCUGAGAAGAAGCAAGAACAUAGGCAAUGGCUCUUCAUCAGGUACAUCACCAUAGUCAGCAUCCUCACCAUCAGCGUCGACACUCAUCUCAUCGUCACCAUCAUCACGAUCAUGGUGCACACCUUCCAGAGGAACAUGAAGAUAAGAGUGCCUCAGAUGGCAGCAGUGGUCAUCUAAUUCCUGAGCAUUAUAACCAUCAUCACUCCCAAACUAAAAGCCAUCAUCAUCAUCAUCAUCAUCGUCAUCAUUAUCCACAACAUCAAGAUAAACAUCAAAUACCGAAAAAGAAAACUCACUCUAAAGCUUCAGUGACUUCCUCAAACUCUUCUGGGUCUUCCUCUAGUUCCCUGUCAAAGACUUCAUCAAGCUCAUCCAGUUCUGAUUCCUCUUCUUCUGAUUCUUCUUCCUCCUCCAAUUCCUCUUCAUCCUCUUCCUCAAAAUCAUAUUUUUCCAAUUCUAGCUUUUCUUCCUCCUCAUCCUCUGGUUCAUGUUCUUCUUGGUCAUCUGAAGCCAGUCUGGAAAAUGCCCCUUUGCCUUCUGAGUCCAAGCGAGCAAUUAAACGUCCACAGCACUCACAAUCAUGUAUGGAUAUCAGCAGAGGACGAAGAGCCUUUGAGGAUGAUGAGGAUGAUGCAAUGCCUUUAUUGGAAGCUGAUGUCCAAAUGAAGAUGUGUACAAGCAUGGAAAAGAACUUGACCAUCAAAGAAAAAAGUGGAGGGACUGCCAAGAAGGCAACGUAUUCUCGAGAACAGAAUGAAAAGGGAAAUAAGGGACAACAACAGAAUCAUGCUAAAGCGGCUGCAAACAUAAGAAAGACCAAGUCUAUGGAAGUUCUGUCCAGGCGAGCGGAUCAUUCUGGUGGCUUGGAUGAGAAAGAGCUGGAGAAAAGCAAACAAGAGGCCCAUAAGAGCUUUGUGAAGGAGAAGAUAAAGUUUUCUGCCUUUUUGAAUGAAAUCACAAGGCAGGUGCUAAGCCCAUCAAGACUUACAUCCCUUGGGGUAACAAAUGUUCAUAGGCCCUCAAGCCCUGGGCAGAUUUCAACAUCUUCAAAGGCAUUGUCCCCAAAGCCUGAACAUAAAAGAGAAAAGAAGUCAAAAAUUACCAGAAGCCGGCCAGGAAGCAGUGCCAGCUCCAUAACAUCAACUUCUCAUUCCCAUGUCAGCAAACUCUCGCACUCCAGUAAGCAUUCUCACUCAAGUAAGCACUCCCAUUCCAAACGGCACUCAUAUUCAAGCAAGACCUCCAGCUCCAACAAGCAUCCUUAUUCUGAAAGGGACCUCAUCAAUCAACAACAGCAUCAGGCUGUUCCCAGGCGUCGCCACGACAGUGCAAGAAGUGAUACAAGCAAUACUAGCUCUUCCUCAAAAGGUCUUUCUUCUGGGACUGAACGUAGCCACAAAAGUCAGAAGAAGCACCAAAUUGCCCCCAAAGAGCAACAUUUCAAAUCAUCGAAUCAUAGAAAUUCACACCACAAAUCUUCUUUAUCACAUCACCAUCACAAUGAAGAUUAUCAUAGCCCUCCUUCAUGUCCUUGUUCUCCAGAAUCAGAAAACCGCCAUCAUCAUUCCCAUCAAGAAUCUCAUCACCAUCAUUCCCAUCCAGAAUCUCAUCACCAUCAUUCCCAUCCAGAAUCUCAUCACCAUCAUUCCCAUCCAGAAUCCCAUCACCAUCAUUCCCAUCCAGAAUCUCAUCACCAUCAUGCCCACCCAGAAUCCCAUCACCAUCAUCACCAUCAUUCCCAUCCAGAAUCCCAUCACCAUCAUGCGCAUCCAGAAUCUCAUCACCAUCAUGCCCAUCCAGAAUCCCAUCACCAUCAUGCCCAUCCAGAAUCUCAUCACCAUCAUUCCCAUCCAGAAUCUCAUCACCAUCCUGCUCAUCCAGAAUCUCAUCACCAUCAUGCCCAUCCAGAAUCUCAUCACCAUCAUUCCCAUCCAGAAUCUCAUCACCAUCAUGCCCAUGCAGAAUCUCAUCACCAUCAUUCCCAUCCAGAAUCUCAUCACCAUCCUGCUCAUCCAGAAUCUCAUCACCAUCAUGACCAUCCAGAAUCUCAUCACCAUCAUGACCAUUCAGAAUCUCAUCACCAUCAUGCCCAUCCAGAAUCUCAUCACCAUCAUGACCAUCCAGAAUCUCAUCACCAUCAUGCCCAUCCAGAAUCUCAUCACCAUCAUUCACCAUCGUCAUCUCAUCACCACCAUGGAACUAAUCGUAACCCAUCACCACACGACCAUUCUCCUCCAUCAGAUUCCCAUCAUCAUUCACCCUCUCCAUCACAUCACCAUCAUGGAGCUCACCGCAGCCCAACACACUCUACUAAGUCAGGGACUCACCAUCAACUUCCCCAUCCAGAAGCUCAUCCUUCUCACAAAGAAUUACACCACCAUCAACAUUCACCAUCACCACCACAUCACAACCAUGGAAGUCACAGCACCUCAGAACCUUCCCACCAUCAUUCCCAUUCAAAAUCUCACCACAAUUAUUCUCCUCCUCUCCACCACCAUGGAGAGCAUGGUAGUACAUCUCAUCUUUCUACUGACUCAGAAACUCAUCACCAGUCUGAUGUGAAACCGCAACACCAUCAUACUGACUAUGAUUCUUCUCAUCCCAAAUCUCACCAUCACCAUCAUCAUUCCCAUCCUAAUCACUCAUCCAACACCAUCCAACACCAUCACACAUCAGUUUCAGAACCGCAGCACCAUCAUUCCCACGAUGAUUCUCAUACUGAAACUCGCCAACACUCUCAUUCUCAUGAUGCAUCCCCUACGUUGGAACACCAUUAUCAUUCUUCUCAUACUGACUCUCACCAUAGUCCUCAUCAUCAUCACCAUCACUUAUCUGACAAUUAUUCAAAAGACCCUGCUCACUCUAAUUCAGCCCAUCAUUAUGAAAAUCAUCCUAUCGCACAUUCAGAAUCCCAAGAUCACAGCUCAUCACAUUCUAAAGAACACCUUUCCCAUUUAGAAUUCCACCCCCACAGUGAUCAUGAUCCUAAGGAAUCUCACCCACUCCAUUUCCACUCGGGAAAUCUUGAUAAAUCCCCUGUUGAAUCGGAGCAUUACCAUCACCACAAACCUCAAGAAUUCCACCAUUAUCCCCAUCACCAUUCCGAUCCAGAGUCUAACCAUCCUCAACAUCACGAGCAUUCAGAAUCUCAUCAUCAUUCCCAACCAGAAUCCCACCAUCAUCAUUCCCAAGAUCACCAUCAUUACCACGACAGCCCAGAAUUGCAAAAUCAGCAUUCCCAUACAGCACAUCACCACUUUCAUUCUGAAUCGAACCACUAUCAUUCCCAAUUCAAGGAGGAUCAUCACAAUGAUGAUCACCCAAGCCAUCUUCGCCACUCUCCAGUUGGCCAGCGGUCCACUUCUCCUCAUUCUAACAAGUCAGAUUCAUCCGCUAGCUCCACUAUGCAGGAUGACCAAUCCACAGUGAGCUACCAAGAGUCAUCCUCAUUCCCAAAAGAAAAGGAAGCUGAAUUGGAGAGAUUAAUGAUAUUACAGGAGCAGAAUGAGGUUCUCCACCACAGCUUGCUGCAGACCACUGUGCGGAUGGAAUGUAUGGGAGCAGAGUUCAAAACUGGGCACCAGCUCCUUGAAUCUGAGUUACAAAGAACUCGCAUAGAGCUAAACAGCUUAUUGGAGCGGUUCACAAGACUUCAGGACAACUACUCUUGUACACAACAAACCAAUCACCUUCUGGAGAAAAAACUGCAUUGUGUGGCACAGAAUAUGGAUGGAGAGCGUGAGCGACUGAACCAGCGAAUCUCCGAGCUCACAGACCAACUGCAUGCAGCAAAAACGACCAUCCAAAGUCUAGAAACCAUUAAUGUGACAUCAAUGCUACAGGAUGCCCUGGUGAAACAUUUGAAGUCUGACGAUCCCAUAACUCCACUUCCAGUCGCACCACCUCCAGCUCAGUUCAUGGAUAGUGACCGUUACGACAAAGUCUCCAUGCAUGCCGAUGAACAAUCGUUGGGAACACUCCCAGAGGAGGAGGAAUCUGAUUGGUCAGAAAUGGGAGAGGAGGCACACAACUGCGUCCUGAGGGGUUCACAGGGAAAUCAUGGAAACGCGUCGUAUUACCAAUGGCAGCAGAGGCAAGGCUGUUGGGAGGGGAUGAACCAAUAUUCAAAGGGAAUUGUGGAUACGGAGAGCGAAUCUGGGGGUGAGGAAAGCAAAUAUCAUCAACCUCCUCAUGUCCUGCAGAUACCACAUCUUAAGUUCACAGUUCACCCCGAAACAUUACCGAUUCCUGUCGAGGAUGUCAGCUUGGCCCGCUUCAAGCAGAGUCCUGAUGAUCCAGAUUGCGAUGGCUACCAGAUCACAGAGGUACGUAAUCUGGGCUCUCCCAUUCGUGUACUCUCUGCUAGUCUGGAAGAGAUCCACUCCAUAGGGCUCCUGAAGCAGCAAGACCAGCAGCAGGAUCAUCAUGGCAUGCUGAGGAGCAAUAAAUCCAUGAUGGACCUCCACCAAUCACAAGUUGGCACCAGGCAAGUGUUGUACGAGGAUGAGAUGGUCUGUAAUUGGAGAGAAGCGAAUAGCCAUGGUACUGGAGAUGAUAUAAAUGGGAUGAUUGGUCUGGAGUCUGCUCAAAAAAUGCUCAACCACUUUAUUCAUGAUGGAGAGAGUACACACUUGUGAUUAAAGGGACAUUUUAGAAUGAUGAAUACUUAUUAUGCAUUUUAUGUUAUAGUACUUAUAUUUGUGAUGAAGUACAGGUUAGUCACUUUGACAAUAUAUUUAAUGUUUAAUUCAAAAGAAAAGUUGAAUUAAAUGGUAAAAAGUUGGACUUUAGGUUGAGAUUUAGUGAAGUCUUAAAGGCACUAUAUGUAGAAUUCAGAAACCCUUCUUAUUAGCAACACCGGUGGCCAUUAAGUGAACUGCAGCCAGCAACUUAUUGCUCACACUCGUGCACACGUAAUGUACAAAAGACAGGAUAUACUCACGACUAAGUUCUUUUUCGUUCUUCGCUUCGAAGAUAAAGAACUUGGACAUACUUUUGCAGUGAUAUACUGUUAACAAACAUCCAGAUGCCGUCCACACAGCCGAGAGCGACGUUUAGAUGAAUAUGUAAAUAUGUGCUUUCCUCUCAAUAACGAAAUAAACACACAACAAAAAUGACAGUUGUGAGAAAACAGCAAUUAAGAAAGAUAUGUUUGCACCAGCUCUUCAAUUCAUCAACAGAUUAAGUAUUUAAAAUUACACUGUUAUGAUUGAUUAUAAUAAAGUAUAUUUGAGACUAUAGACUAUAUAGCUCUGGCUAUGUGAGCCUAUAGUUCAGUUUGAAUUAAUCCCUUUUCUUUGCAUAACACAUUGACAUUACAGUACACAAUGGCUUUUUCGGCAUUAUUCUGAACAUUGUAUAAGCAUUCGUUUCGUAUGUCAUAGAAUAGAAGAUAGGCUCUCUAAAUGUCGUAGCAAGCGUAAACGUCAAAUUCUUUCGAUUUUCCAGGCGAAAACAUCCCGAGUCCUUCACAUAAAAAUCAGUCUAGGCUUUCAUAGGCAACCUAGGAAGUCGGGGAAGGUCUCGUUUUUUAAUUCCGUUACAAGCUCUUCACUUGGCAAUAUAAAAAGCGAUUGAUACGUCAUGGUUUUGGGCUACUGUAUAUAAAAUCUUGCUAAUAGUAAAUGUAGCAAAUUAAUGCUGGUUGAUGUUUAUUGCUAAUUAAUGUACUAAAGAUUACAGCAAUAAGAGAAAAGAAAAAUAGAUGGGUGAACUUGACUUUCAGCCUCACUUCCCAUGCAGCAGAUGGUGGCUUAAAUAAAUAUGAGGAUCAUCUGCGCACUCACAUUCAGGUCUGCUUGCAUUCUUUUCAGCCCUAAUUAAUUCCUGAUGGAUAAAAUCAAGUCCCUGCCUUUUCCCCCCUGAACAUCCAGUUUCAGUAGCAAUAAUAUCUCAUUAGAGAAGUGAAUGCUAUUUCAUCAUGACUUUAAAUAUUGUUUGUUUAGUUUAAGAUCAUAGUAAAAGAUAUUUCACCACUGAAAGAUCCGCAUUGAUCUGAUUUUCCAUCUUGAUUUUCUCUUUUGUUGACGUAUUCGCCUGCAGAAAGCCCUUGACCCCCUAAAGAUCUUGAAGCCACGAGAUGAUAUUUCAUUGUUUUCUUGAUUCUAGUCAGACAUAUAUUUCUUAAACCUGCUCAGUAGAUAUUCAUAUUUGUUCAAUAUUAAUUUGCAUUUUUAAUGUUUUGUUUGAGUGCAUGUGCUUAUGCAUUUGUAAUUCUUCUAGUACUCUUACUUCUAAAGCUUUAUUUGUGUAUGAUAACCAUGGCAGGAACUUGAAGAGGUAUAAAUAGGUAAAAA